AUGGGGUUAGAAAGUUGCACCUCUCUUGAAAUGUUGGAAAUAGGGAGCUGCUCUAAAAUAACUUCCAUUCCAAUAGGUCAUGGCCUUCCACUCCUUCGCGGAUUAGAUAUUGUAGAUUGUCUUCAACUAUCAAGCCUACCGAGUUGGCUAGAGUACUGCACCUCUCUUCAGAAUUUGAGCAUAAGAAAUUGUGAUAAGCUAACCUCAAUUUCACUUCACAGUCUCCCAUCCCUCGGCAAGUUGUCUAUAAAGUAUUGUGAGAGUCUAGAGUCAGUUUCCACUGUACAGGGCUUCACAUCACUCCGUCAAUUCAUAAUUGAAGGUUGUGAGAGAUUGACUUGUUUGCUAAUCGGGCAAGAAGCUUUUCCGAAGCUGAAAUCACUCAACAUCUCUAUGUGUGGAAGCUUGAGGUAUUUAUCGGAUGGGUUACAAAGCCAUGUCUCUCUUGAAAAGUUGAUGAUAAGCUAUUGCCGUAAUCUGCAGACUAUUCCAAGUUUAAGUAAUCUCACCUCCCUUCAAAUGUUGAAUAUUUCCAAUUGUUCUGGAUUAACAAGUCUACCCGGUGGGGUAGCAUUAGAAAUAGCAUCCUCACCUACCAGCCUCACCUGUCUGAAGGAAUUGGAAAUUGGUGGAUUCAAAAAGGAUCUUGAGUCAUUCCUUGCUUUUGAAGUUACAUCACAACAGCUUGAUGUGCUAAGGUUGUGGGGGUGGCCUAAGCUCAAGUCUCUGCCUGAACAAAUUCAACACCUGACUCUUUUGAGAAAAUUGACUAUACAGUCCUUCGAACAAGUGGAGGCUUUUCCAGAAUGGUUUGGAAACCUUGCAUCUCUCGUGGUCCUACGUAUUCAGAAUUGCUCUAGUCUGAUCUUUGUAGAAGGAAAACCGCAAAAUGUAUUGGUUUCUGCGGAAGUGUUGAAUGGCACUCCAACAGCUUCAUUUGAAUUGUGA